CUUUGUUUACUGUUUGUGUCAAGCAAUAACAACAAUCAUCCAAGUACUGAGAUUUUGAGCCACAAUCAUCACCACCAUUGUCGUCGACACCACCACCGCCACAGGCAACACCAUAGUGGCCACAAUCCCAACCCGAUAUCGUAUAGAAAGCCUCAAAAAGUGUUCAAUGUGGAUCAUUUUGGCGCGAAAGGUGAUGGGAACACAGAUGAUUCUAAGGCAUUUAAAAGAGCAUGGAACAAAUUUUGCAAAUCAAGAGGGGGCAUCCUAAUGAUCCCUCGUAUGAGAACGUAUUUGCUUAGUCCAACACACUUUAAUGGCCCAUGCCAUCCAAACCUUAAACUGAAUCUCCAUGGAACUAUCAAAGCUUCAGGGAACAAAGAAGACUAUAAGAAUGAGAGGCAACAUUGGAUCAAAUUCAAUAACAUAAGCAAUUUCAUGGUGAGAGGAGGUGGAGUCAUAGAUGGCAAUGGCCAUAUAUGGUGGAAGGAGUCUUGCAAGGUCAAAACACAAGAGGCUUGCGACAGCGGCGUCACGCCAUUUGCAGUGACAUUCCAAAAUGGGAAAAACGUAAGUGUAAAGAACUUAUUAUUCAAAAAUUCCCAAAGAAUGCACCUUGUUUUUUCAAACAGUGAAGUGGUUAGGGCAUCGAAUAUUGUGAUAAUCACUCCGGAAGACAGUCCCAACACCGAUGGAAUUCACGUAUCUCGUACUACCGAUAUCGUUAUCUCCAAUUCUGUUAUUGGGACAGGUGACGAUUGUAUUUCAAUAGUGAAUGGAUCUAUGAAUGUAAGAGUGUCACGCAUAGUAUGCGGUCCAGGACAUGGCAUUAGCAUAGGAAGCUUGGGGAAACAUGAAGAUUUUGAAGAACAUGUAUCAAAUGUUGGUGUGAAUACAGUCAUGCUUAAAGGAACCACAAAUGGAGUAAGAAUAAAGACUUGGCAAGGAGGGAAGGGAUCAGCAAGGAACAUUAGGUUCGAGAAUGUUGUAAUGCAAAAUGUGACGAAUCCCAUAAUCAUAGACCAAUACUAUUGUGAUAAGCCAAGAGACAAGAAUGGCAACAUUCUUUCGUGUCCCGAGAAGAAGGAGGCAGUGCAAGUAAGCAAUGUGGUAUAUAGAAACAUUAGGGGAACAAGCGCAAGAGAAUUGGCCAUAAGAUUCAGGUGUAGUGAGAUGGUUCCAUGUGAAGGGAUUUUAUUGGAAAAUGUGAAUUUGAUCCGAGAAGGGAAUCAUGUUGCUAAGGCAGAAUGUUCAAAUCUUAAGUAUGCAACGGAGCGGCAUGUUUUCCCUAUGUGUCAAGACAGUUAUGUUUUAUCCCCCUCUCCUUUUUUGAGUUGACAUACUAUAUAUAUACGGAGUAUGUGUAUGAUUCUUUGCACGUAUAUAAACACAUUUAUACAUCAUGAGGCCGUAUUUUUACUCCUUCCGCACGCCCCAUUGUUUUUGUCACAUGCACGGAGAGAGUAAUAAAUUCAUUUGAAAAAA